AUCAUUGUCCUCAAUUUUAUGAUUAAUUAUGUGAUAUUCAAAGACUCAGAUAUUAUGAGUUUGGAGACAAUAAUAGAUAUGUAGUGUUUUCGGGACACAAAAACACCGGAUUUUAACUGAGAAGGGUUCUUUUUUGUCGAAUGUGGCUCUUCUCUCGUAGCGCCUUCUCCCGUCGGACAGGUAUUCUCCGAGCUAAACAGGUCGGUGAGUGUGCCAUCCUCCGGUGUUGUUGCCGAAUCCGCUACAGAUACCUAUAAAAAUAUUGCCCUGAAUUCUUAACCUCAAAUUUGAUUGUGUACAUUUUCAAUAGUUUCUUUUAUCUAUAAAACACUUUAAACUGAAAGACAUUGCCUACUAAUUAAGAUUUUAUAAAUUAAAAUAAGAUGUCUGAUAGCUCUGACGAGGAAAAUGUCGAACUGUUACGAGAAGCUGCUGAUUUUCAGUUUAUAAGUGAUGCCAUGUUUUCAAAUGAAACUAAAACAGUUGAUCAACUUAAGGAAAAAGAAUGCGAAAAGCAGUUACCUUCACUUCGCAAAAGUAUAAAUGAAGAUGAACAAUUUAAUUUGUUUAGGGUGACUCCAGAAUUCAGAAAUUAUGUUGCCAAACACUUGUCCGCUUUUCUAGAAAAAGAUUUGCAGAAAGUGCUUCACCAGGUUCAAACAGAACAGGUUUCUCAUAAGAAAAAACAUAACGGCGGCAUUAAACUGUUCAGAACAUCAACAGUCAAAAUAAAAAAGUUUGAGGCAGAUGACAUAGACCAAAGUAAAAUCCCACAAAGAAUUGCGUUAAAAAAAAAUGCCAUAAAUGUAAAUAAAGAUGAUUUAAAACAAAUUGCUAUUUCGGGUGAUGAAAUACUAAAAGGAAAAGGGACUGAGCAUUGGUCAAAAAGGGUAAAAAGGAAACCAUUUGUAUAUCAAAAAGAAAAAAAUGGAACUCUAGUUAAUGUAUCUGACAAUUUGUAAAUAUAGGGAAAUAAAAAUCUAUUUAAAACUG